AUCGAAACACGCCCUUAGCUGCCUCGGUCCUCCCUUCUCUCUCUCUCUCUCUCUCUCCCCCUGCCUUGUCCUCCUUCCUCCCCCCAACUCCGGUGCGUUGAAUCCGUGGAUGAUAAACCCUCAAAAUCAAAACCCAUUGAGAUAGCUUCAGAUUCAUCCAAACCCACAAAGCAAUAUCUCCCCGUUUGCUCCUUGAUUGUCAUGUAUAGAUCUGGAGCUGUGAUGGCCUGGAAUGUGUUCAAGUUCUGUACGGCCCUGCGUGGCCUGGGCUCAAUCAUGAUCUUGCUGGUCCUCGGAGUUGUCGGCGUCACGUAUUACGCCGUCGUUAUCUCCAAUUACGGCCCGGCUUUGGUCGGGGGUGGUGUCGGUUUUCUCACUGCAGUUGCCGUCUUGAUCUUGUUCCAUAUUCUCUUAGUGAUGCUAUUGUGGAGUUACUUCACUGUUGUCUUUACGGAUCCGGGUAGUGUGCCACCCAAUUGGAGACCUGCCUUGGAUGAAGAGAGAGGUGAUACUGAUCCUUUGACUGCGCCAGAAUUCAAUAGCAUGCCGGGGGACCCAUCAAACCCAAGGAUCCGAUAUUGUCGGAAAUGCAACCAACUGAAACCACCUCGUUGCCAUCACUGUUCUGUGUGUGGGAGAUGUGUGCUGAAAAUGGAUCAUCAUUGUGUAUGGGUUGUCAAUUGUGUUGGAGCAUUGAACUAUAAGUAUUUCCUUCUUUUCCUGUUCUACACAUUUCUUGAGACCACUCUUGUGACAUUAUCUCUGCUGCCGCAUUUUAUAGCAUUCUUUAGUGAUGAAGAGAUACCUGGGACACCAGGCAUGCUGGCAACCACUUUUCUUGCCUUUGUGUUAAACCUGGCUUUUGCAUUAAGUGUAAUGGGGUUUCUGAUUAUGCACAUUUCGUUGGUGGCUGCUAAUACCACAACCAUCGAGGCAUAUGAAAAGAAGACAACUCCAAAGUGGCGUUAUGACCUUGGUCGAAAGAGGAACUUUGAACAGGUGUUUGGGACGGACAAACGAUAUUGGUUCAUCCCAGCUUAUUCAGAAGAAGAUAUACGACGAAUGCCUGCACUUCAGGGUCUUGAAUAUCCAUCAAAACCCGACUUGGAUGCUCAAGAGUUCUAAGCAUGGGAUCCAAGGCCUCUGUUUCUUUCUUUUUAUCCGUAUCUGCAGAGUCCCCGUAACUUGUUCUUACCCAUUUAAUUAGUUGAACAGUGUAACCAAACUGGGCUCCAACCAACUCGCAGAACAACAGGUCCAUUAGACAGAAAGAUCACCAUGCGCAACAGAGCAGCUCUGGUGUAAAAGUAUGCGGAUCACCGAGAAGUGGGGGCUCGAUGUCUGACAGCGUUUAUGUUUCGAGUAUUUAUUCUGGGAAAUCUUGAAGCUGUAAGAUAUUGAAUGCUGGUCCGUGAUCUACUGAUGUUCUUGUAGGUUCUGUAUCGAUCCCAUCAUCAGAAAUAGAGUUUUAUGGAACUGUGUUGUGUUUUUUUUCCAUGAAAACAAGUCUCUAUACACAUUGAAAUACUUGUCAACAUUGAACCGUGUACAAAUUUAUAACCACCCUUUCCGUGUUUGGAAGCUCAA